AUGUUUGUGCGCCGGUUGGUGCGUCUUUGUGUUUCUCGGUUGCCCAACGGAGUGGUGCUUCAGGGAAAGUUGAACCCCCGCCGUCCGGACUUGCUUCUUGAGGGGAGUGUUAAAAUGCCUGAUGGGCGGGCAUACAGCGGUGUGUUUGACGAGGAAUACGGGUUUCCACUGAAGGGAAGCCGACUGGAGGAUGAUGGGGAUCUUUACUGCGGUGAGUUCAACACGAAGUGGCAGCGGCACGGUGAGGGUGAGGCAUGGCUAGCAGACGGCACGCAUUACAAGGGACGGUUCUGCGAAGAUGACCUCGUAGAGGGAACGGUUUGUAUUCCCAACGGUACAACGGAGACAGUGUUUGUGGGGACGCUGGAGAAUGAAUCGUUUGUACGAGGAAAACUGACGCAACAUGACUUCACUUAUGAGGGUGAGUUUCACAAUAACAAACCUCACGGACGCGGACGGCUUUCGUUUACCACAGGUGCGGAGCAGGAGGGGACAUUCUUCGCCGGUAAGCUGCAUGGGACCAACUGCAAGAUGAAGCUUGAUGGUGGGUUUGUUUAUGUGGGAGAGUUUGUUGACGGAUGCAUUCGGCGUGGGCAACUAUUUGCUCCUACUUACAUAUAUGAUGGCGAGUUUAACGAGCACGGCCGGGCUCAUGGUGAGGGAACGCAAACAUACUUGGCAAAUGAGCCGCGCCUUCUUUUUACUGGCAUCUGGGAUAGUGGUGCACUGGUGCGUGGCACCUGCAGCGAUGAAUACGGAAAUCCUGUUGAUUGGCAGGAUAACCAUGAAUUACAAACAAAAGUGUUUAGUGAGGAGGGUGGUGCGAGUGCUGUCGCCAUGAACUGUUACAGCGCCGCAAAGUUGAAGGAUGCGGACCGACUGCACCGUGAUAUGAAUACUAGCUAUGCCAAGGAUGCAGAAAGGGUCUCUCGCAACUCCGGGCACUACCCGUCAAAGAUGGAUUUGGGAUACGAGGGCGGCAUCCGUCAGGAACAAGAUGCGUUCGAGCGUGCCUCGCGAAAAUGUGUUGAAGACACGAGGCGCGCUCGUGAAGCGAUGGAAACGAAAGGCGAGGACAUUAAUCGAUUAUGCGACAAUGUGAUAGGUGAAGCCUCGAUAGAGGUAAACCCGAAUAUGGCCAAGAUGCACUUCAUUAAGCAGGAGGGUGCACAGCAGCUUGCCGCCGAGCAUGUUGACGAGCAGUUUGAGCGUUUCAUGAAAUCUUUCGACCGCCCUACGGACGUUGGCGCCAGCCGCCGACUAAUUGACUGCAAUGCACCGUGGAAGGCCUUUACCUCAAAGGGAUAA